AUGAGCAGCAGAGAGGCCUGUCUUCCCCUGGGGUCAGGUGAACGUGAAGGAAACGGUACGGGUGAUGGCGGUGAGCCCGAGAGCCCUAAUCCAAAAGAUGUUUGGGUUCAUGUCUAUCACUGCGACCCAUACACCGGCUUUCUGAACAGGAUGCUGCUGAAGAACUCUGAAAUAGGCAUCUAUCAUGCCGGGAUCGAAGUCUACGGCGAGGAGUGGUCGUUUCAGUACUUUGAAGACACGUGGAAUGACCCCACGAUUUCUGGCAUCAUUCGAUGUGCCCCGAAGCAGAUGAGCGGCUAUGAGUAUCAAGAGUCGCUGAAUCUUGGCCCCACUUCAUUGAGCGAAUUGGAGGUCGACGACUUACUGGAGACAUUGUGCGAUGAAUACUCGGCCAGCACGUACCACCUCACACACCGCAACUGCUUAACCUUCGCCCAGCACCUGGCUGGACGCUUGCAGGCUCCUAGACCGUUCCCGGACUGGAUCCUGGGCAUCUUGGAGGCCAGCACGAGGGUCGGUGCCGUGGAUGCAACGGUGGACUACUUCUGGUCUUGGGCCAAGUGGUACAUGAUUCGGAAGCAUGAGCCGCCGGAGGAUCCUCCUCCCCAGCCGCCUCAGCAGCAGGCCAAUACUUGGUCGAUGCUUGGGUUGUACCCUACUUGCUCACCAUCAAUGUGCCCUGGCCCAGCCAAGGACGCCCACGAAAGCGAAUCUGCGCCGCCUGUGCCUCAAGGCAUGCAGGCUGUAAACAUGCAUGACGAGCAGAACGACAGACUUGUGACCGAGUGA